UGCCUCCCCACAGCAAGCGUGACAGAGAGAGAGCAAGAGAGAGAGACCUAAAGCAGAGACAGUAGGUUCAUCCAGGCGCUCAGGACGCACUGAAGGAGUUGCACAAUCAGCGCUCCAAAGAGACUGAAAAAAAGCAGAAACCCUCAGCAGCUCAUUCACUCCUGCAAUCCAAGCAGAUACUGCAAGUGGAUCCUAUUUGCACCUCGACAGACUUUUGUUGAUUGAUUUUUUUUUUCCACCCGUGUGUUUUCGAGGAAUCGGAGUUUAAGGAGUUUGUUUUUAAAAAACAUUUGAAUUUGUUUUUGACCUUUGAAGAUAUGCAUCGGUGCACAGCGGUGCUCGUUUUGUUAGUGGUGGCCGUAUACGUCUUUAGCGCAGAAGCCUACAAGUGCAGGUGCACCAGAAAAGGGCCAAAGAUCAGAUACAAGGAUGUGCAGAAGCUGGAGAUCAAACCCAAACACCCGUUCUGCCAGGAGAAGAUGAUAUUUGUGACGAUGGAGAACGUGGCUCGGUUCAAAGGGCAGGAGUAUUGUCUUCAUCCCAAACUUCAGAGCACCAAGAAUCUGGUCAAAUGGUUCCGCAUCUGGAAGGACAAGCACAGGGUGUAUGAAGCCUAAACCCUCUGCCAUCCAGCACACGUGGAUCAAGUGAUAAGAAAAGACGACAGUACCACCAGGACUGUUUUUGCAGAGUACAGGAUGUAAUCUACAAUCAAACUGUACUUCUUUCCUCUUCUGCCUGAGACCUGUCAAGCACAUUAAGAGAUAUCCUUAGUUCUUAUAAAUGUAUAUGUGGUGGUGGGCUCGUUCUAGUCGGUCAUCACUGUAGUUACAGUCACUCACCACACCUGUCUCUUAUAGUUAAACUUGUCCAAAAGUGGACGAGACUCCACCAUCUGUUAUCAGUUGUUACUUAAAGGGAUUUGAUUUUAGGUUUCUUACAAAGUGAAAAAUAUGUAAUUCUGAAGAAACAGGCAAACCUUCCUUUAAAAAGUGCGGGUGUUUAAAUUGUUGAGCUUUUCACUCCUCUGUACUCAGUAUGACCGGUAGGACAUCUGUAUAUUGCCAACAUUUAGGAUCUGGCUUUUAAGUUUUAGUCAAAAUGUAGCCAUAACGUUUCUCAAUGUGAUUCUCUGUAUUCGCAGAGGAGCGACAGUGAGUGUAGAGUUACAUAUAAUACAAAAGUUUCUAAUGUUCAGUCAGAUAGAGCAGAUCUGUACAUAUAAAAUACAAAUAUCACAUAGGCCAUGUGUGCCAUUGCAUUGUACAGUACAUUCUGUGGGUUGGAGUUGAUUUAAAAAAAAUGUGUAAUAUAAUUAAAUACACGGAGAAAGUAAGUCAGAGAAAUAAACUAUAUCUGGCCGAGGAUACACAGUCAAAACUUCGUACUAUUGAUCCAUUGUUUGUUUUUUUCUCGGGAUUAGACAACAACAAGACCUAUACAGAACUUUUUCAAACUCAUCCUUCAAAAUUAGCUAUACAUUUUGUCAAUCUGGUACGAAAAUAAGCAUUUUAAGGCACCUGAAAUACCCGUCUAUAUACAUUUAAGACAUUUUAUUUGUUCUUAAAAAUCACGAAAUAUAAAUCCACUGUCUUUACCCUAUGUUGCUGUUUAUACUCGUUUAGAGUCAUAUUUUUCUUUUGUUAUAUUUCCUGAACAAUACAAACAUGUUAUUAUUCUGUAAACUGUUGAUAUACUUGGUUAUUAUAACGACUGCCAGGUGUUGAUUUGUUGCCAUGGAACUGAAUUCACACACAAAUAUAUAUCUACAUAUAUACAGAAACUACAUUUUAUUUACCUUUUGAAGAAUGUGCAUUUCUCUUGUUUUAUAUCUUAUAUGAAAAAUAUAUAAAGAAGCAUUUUGUAAAUGGACCAGUAUAGCCUAUAUGUUAGUGAGAAUGAAUUCACCUUAAGACUUUAUAGUGUCGUGUAUAUUGUAUUACUGCAUUAUUAGUUAUGUUUUUGCUAUUUAAAUCUUGGUUUGGUAACAUAAAUUGGGAGAGGGAGUGUUUGGUCUGGUCCAAGGGAAAAUAUUGAGUGUAAAACAAUAAACAGAGGAAUAAAGUGUC